AACCUUCCCCCCUCCAUGUCUCAUCUACGCUGAUGCCUACUGAUCUACAGCCACAACACCGUACCUUUGCUGAAUAUCUCACAACUGCAAACCACACACACACACCACCAACAAGCCAACAACCACGCACCUCUCCCAAGCUAGCUAGAUCCCGUUAAUUUUCUUCCCUAUAUAGGAGUAUCUUUUGAUCACCAGUCCUGUCCUGUUACAAGAACAGAUAGCACUCUUUAUCCAGCAGCUAGCCAAUCGCCUGCUAUCCUAUGCAAGUUCGUCAGAUCCACCAUAUAAUAUUGAGCUAAUCUAACCCUAAACACCCCCAUCCUAAGAAUAGUUGUGGGAUUUAGUACUGUUACAUACCACCAGAUCCCUCCCUGAAGUAGCGUGCUAGUCAAAAGUCAACAGCUAGCUAUAGCACCAGCCGGAGCUCGCUCGAGACGCGUGAGCGGAGCGGGGAGCCCCAUGGAGUUCAGGCCCGCGCAUGCCCGUGUCUUCGAGGAUUCCGAGAGGCCUCGCGGCGGCGUGGCGUGGCUGGAGAAGGAGCACAUGUUCGAGAAAGUGGUCACCCCGAGCGACGUGGGGAAGCUCAAUCGCCUGGUCAUCCCGAAGCAGCACGCCGAGCGCUACUUCCCCGCGCUGGACGCCUCGGCCGCCGCGGCGUCGGCAUCGGCGUCGGCGGGCGGCGGGAAGGCGGGGCUGGUGCUCAGCUUCGAGGACCGGGCGGGGAAGGCGUGGCGCUUCCGCUACUCGUACUGGAACAGCAGCCAGAGCUACGUGAUGACCAAGGGAUGGAGCCGCUUCGUGAAAGAGAAGCGCCUCGGUGCCGGGGACACGGUAUUGUUCGCGCGCGGCGCGGGCGCCACGCGCGGCCGCUUCUUCAUCGAUUUCCGCCGCCGCCGCCACGAGCUCGCGUUCCUGCAGCCGCCGCUGGCGUCUGCGCAGCGCCUCCUGCCGCUCCCGUCGGUGCCCAUCUGCCCGUGGCAGGGCUACGGCGCCUCCGCUCCGGCGCCAAGCCGGCACGUGCUGUUCCUGCGGCCGCAGGUGCCGGCCGCCGUAGUGCUCACGUCGGUGCCCGUGCGCGUCGCCGCAUCCGCGGUGGAGGAGGCGACGAGGUCGAAGCGCGUCCGCCUGUUCGGGGUGAACCUCGACUGCCCGCCGGACGCCGAAGACGGUGCCACAGCCACCCGGACGCCGUCGACGCUUCUGCAGCUGCCCUCGCCAUCGUCGUCAACAUCCUCCUCCACGGGAGGCAAGGAUGUGCGUUCUUUGGAUCUUGGACUUUGAACACAAGCAACAGCUAGCAACAUAAAAAAGGGGAGAAAUUGGGCCGAGGAACUGACGCGCGAACUGAUUAAGUGGUUGGAGCAGGUGGUAUAUAGCUCCAGUAGUGCAUCUGCAUGUGUAAUUGUUGAUGGAUUGGUAUUUCUUGAUGAUAUCUUGCUCAUAUUAGCUCACUUGUGCUUUCGUUAACUGAUGUGUGUUUCUUCUCUUUCUUAAUUUGAUCUUUGUUCCGAGAAUAUGAUAUUUUGCUUAUUGUAAUUGUACAUAUUCUGAAUCAUCUCUGACCAAGUCCAGUAAUUAUUUAAGGA